AUGGAAACAUUUAUUAAUUUAUCGGCUGAUUAUUGGAUUCGAUUUUUAGGUGGCAAAUGUAUAGAUAAGUGCAUACAGAAUAAUAAUCAUUUGAUUUCAAAGUUUUCUCUGCUGAGUAUUAUUUUUGAAAACUUUGCUAAAUUAUCAGAAAGUCAUCCUACAUUAAUAGCAAGUAGUUUAUCCAAGAUAGGAUUUGUAGUUCCUUCUGAUGCUAUAAAUCAGAAAUCUAUUUCUUCACACCUUUCCAGUUAUGGAAAAUACUAUUAUUUAUCUAAAACCUCAUAUCUUGAUAUAUUAACUUCCAUGUUCUGGGAUCGUUGUAUUGUUUUUCAAAAUUGUUUUCAAGUUUGGUUUCCUAAUUUUCGAAAUUUAUUUGCAAUACCAAUUAUCAAUUAUAUAAAUUAUUAUGGAGGUCAUAAUUCGACAAUACUUGCAAUUCCUUUACCAAACUUUGUUUCCUAUCCAAAAGAUUAUAAUCCUUGGCUAGAAUUUUUGUUGCCUAGUCCCAAUCCUUUUACAUAUUCUAAUAAGCUCGAAGUAAUAAAUGAACUUCGUACACAAAUUAUGGAUAUCCAAAAUGGUAAAUGGUUAGGGUUUAAGAAGCCCUUUUUUUCAAGGAACCUUAAAAAAGUUCUUUCACUUCACGAUGAACAGCCUUCUCAUGAACAAAUUGAGGAAGCAAUUAAAAACCUGUCUAUACUUAAACAAGAAUCGAUUAAAGAUAUGAAAAAAAUAAAUAAUAUCUUUGAUUGA